GCGGAGGAGGGGAGAAAAGGAGCAGUAGGAUGUGUGAACGAUAAUCCGCGCUGCAGGUACAGUCAGAGCCGGAUCCUGGGAUUCUACCGGCCCCGGUUCGGAUCCUGUUUCUUUUCUCUCAACCUCCUCAACAGAAAAGGAACAAAAAGAAGAAAACAAAAAACCCUUCGCUAUGUCUGGCGGAGGAGACAUCCGCGUCCUCCGCCAAGAGGCCGGGCAAGAGAGCUCGAGGAUGCCGGCCUGGAAGCGUGAGAUCCUUGAGAGGAGGAAGGCGAAGGGCGGUGCGUGUGGAGGAGCCGGUGCGGCGGAGGCGAACAACUCCGGCGGCGCGGCGCCGGGGAACGUUAACGGCGCGGCGAGCGGCGGCGGGUCCAGACGUAACUACACCAUCACCGCGGCCAGCCAGCACUUCGCCAACAACAAAGAACCCACGGAGGGGACGGCACCGAGCGACGGCCGGGAGAGCCUGGUGCUGCAGGACAGCCUGGGCCCGCUGCAGGAGAACCCGUUCAUCAAACUGGAGAAGGAGCGCAGGAGGCAGCAGGACCGGGAGAACACCGCCCGUCCGGUGCAGCACAUCCUGGAGCUGUACGGCAGCGUCCCCGGGAUCCGGACGAUACGCGCCGAGAACAUUAUCAUCAUAGAGUCCGAUCCGGAUUACUUCCCAGAUGCAGGUGCAGUGAAAACCGAGUCCAAGUGGCAGCAGAACGGUCUCAGUGGGUACAGCUCCCUGAACGACCUCCUGGACAGGAGAGGAAGUGCUGUGACUGAGAUAAGAGCCAAGGAGGUGGUGAUUUAUGACACCACGUUAAGCAAGAGCGAGGAGAACCUCAGCACCCUUGGGCGUACUGAUCCUGAAGAUCCAUCUUAUAACUCCGGUGAAGGUCAAGGGAGGGUCAGUCGAAUGCUGCAGAAGUUUGACAGCAACUAUGGGAAGUUGCACAAGAAAUCCCACAGCACAGAGAACCUGCUGGACCUGGACUGCAGUGCCAGCAGCAGGCCAAGAGUCUGGUCCAAAACUCAGCCAGAUCUCGUGCCAAAGCCUACACCGUACACUGGGCCGGGUCCAUCGGGCAGUGGCCAGCCAUCAUCACCUGUCUUCCAGAGUCCCUCAAAACCAAAGUUACAUUCCGCUUUUUCUGAGCCAGGCAGUCCAAGGCGUCUCGCCGGGACCCCUCAAUCAGUGUCUUCUUUCCGGCAGCGAUUUGAGGAGAGUGGGGGUCAUAUGGAUGAGCCAGACAUGGGUUCAAUCAAGACCACCAGAGAGAGAGAUUGGGAAGGCGCAGAGGUGCCCCCAAAACCCAAGGUGCCAUGCUCUCCGGAGACUCGCCGUGCCCGUGCCGAGACCCCCUUGAGUCCCAUCUCCUGCAAGGUGUUCCACUCCUCGCCUGACUUUGAGAUUCGCCCCUCACCAAUGCCAGAUCUCUCUUUAAUUCCAGAGGGGGACACUCAGGCACGUGCUCUAGCGAACUUACGUCUGCAGUCUCAAAACUCCUUCAUGGUUAUCCCCAAGCGCCGUCUUGUUGCCUCAUCAGAGUUAACUAGCCCAGCUCCCCCUGUCCCUGUCAAUUUUUCCCCUACCCAUAGAACAACAGAGAUGACCAAGCCAGGAGUGCCAACCUCCCACAACCCUCUGCUCACCCCGACACCCUCAAACAGGAUUGAGGAGACAGAGGUGGAUCGGGCAAUAAGGGGCUUCAAACCUGACCCAUCAUCUGUUGUUACCACAACUUCGUCACAGCCUCCAAGUUUAGCUCCUUCAUCUUCACCUCCUGCUUUUCCCCCAGCUCCAUCCUCUCCACUUGCUACAUCUUCACCUCCUCCAACUCCUGUUCUCUCAGACUCUCCUAUUCUAUCCCCUGCUCCAGAACAACCUGCCGAAGAUCACCUGCCAAUAACAAACAUUGAUGACAUUGAGGUAGAACCUCCACGGCGUAUCCCCCUUCCUAGUCCUGUGGUUCAGAGGAAAAAGGGGAACACGUUCACUGUGGUGCCUAAACGCAAGGUUGAGCCAGAGGCCCAGCCAGGGUCACCCGAACCUCAACUAGACCCCUCUGGUGAGGCCUCCCCGUGCUCCACACCAUCACAGGCCCCGUACACUCAGCUGGGUUCCCUGCUGAAGAAGCGAUACCCUGCUGUGGAGGAGAUUGAGGUCAUCGGUGGAUACCUGUCACUCGCCAAGUCCUGCCUCUCCAAGACGGGCUCCAUGGGGAAGAAGCUCAAGAUCUCCUUCAACGAGUUGCGUCUCCACAGCACGUACGAGUAUCCAUCGGAAAGCAGCGUGUGGGACAGCGGAGAGGAGGAUGAGGACGACAAACGAGACGAGACAGAGGCGGACGAACAGCCCAGCAUGGUGGGACGCAUCCACAUCCCUCGGCCCAGUUUCACCAGCUCGCCCACUCACACCGCCAACGGCAACGACCUUUCCAGCUACAUUCCCAAACACUCGAUGGACUUCAACACCUGGCAGGAGCACAAACACGAUGAAAGCGUCCACGAGGGAAACACCUCCAUGCAACCGAAGCAGAUAUCAGAGGAAGUCAUGCUGACGCCGGCAGACAGUAACUCCCUGUCUGACUUCAGCAGUGAGCCCGCUCUUUACUUCUGAUCAGUCAGACCGAUCUGCUGUACAGUAGCACGCCACCUACAGGAGCAGACCGUCAUGGUCAUUCUGCACUCCAAUCGACUCAAAGCACUUUUUUUUUUCUUUUUCUCUGGAUUUCUUGCCACGGUUCCACAACACUCCAAGUUAUUAACUGCAAAUCAGUUUUCCAGGUGGUUGGUGUUCAUUUCAUUUCCUGAUUUUUCUUUUUUAAAGCCUAUUCGACUCACAGACUGUGGUCAAAGAUGGUUUAACCUAUAAGCAGCUGGGCUGCCGUCCACAUCGAACCCGGGCAGUUGAUCUGUCGUUUGCCGUCUUGCUCCUUUUGCUUCAAGGGUUUGACUUCACAGUUUGUUUCUUUUUGUUUGUUUGUUGUUUUCUUUUUUUUUGAGACACUAACAAGUUCAGGCCAACUCACUAAAUCGAGCGAUCAAGGUGUUUAAGCGGACAGGAAGCCACCAGUGCCCGUGUGUCGUAACACCCUGAAGUUCAGUGUUGGCAUGGAAAUGUCAUCUGGAUGCACUUGGACAAAGGUUCUGCUCACCUGGGCCGAAAGGCAGAGACAAAAUCGAAAAACAGUCGACAGUUAAAGGGUGCCACAAUUGUACUUUUUUUUUUUUCUGUUUUCGGUUGGUUCUCUUUAACUGUAAAGCUCCUGUUUUGCCUUUUAGUUUUGUACGUUUUCGACAAACUGUGCUGUAUUGAAGCUGCUGUACGUUUGUUAGAAGCUAGCAAAAAUUCAGUCUUAGUCGCGCCAAGGUGACUGUAGAUGGCGCUACCAUUAAUGGCGUCCCUCCUGGCCCUUCAGAUCAAAUCCUAUCAAGCAAAUACUGUCUGCUGGUGUCGUCCACACAGCGACUCUGUGGUGGUCCAAAUGGUUUUUGUCAUUCCACAUAUUCAAGUGAAAAACAGCGCCCCCACAUGCUAGCUCCCAGUCCUGUGGCAUGUAUUAUUAUUAUUAUUAUUAUUUUUUUUUUUUAAUGGUCACUGUUUCAAAACAAAAACAAAGCCCAGUGUCAUAGACCGAGCGGUCCCCACUAAAAAUCAGUCUGCCCUGCCUUCAUUGCGCAUGCAUCAUUUCUGUGUCAUUAUCACCUCGUUCCUGCCUCAAACUGCACUCCAGUCAUCAUCAUCUAUCUCAGUGUCACAUAUCUGAAGCUUUUGUACAACAAUCAUUUCC